AUGAAACAAUUACACAAGCAACACAGCUUGAAUCACAGAAGAGAAGAAGAAAUGGGAAGCGGACAAGGUGAAACUCCACCGUACUCCCCCAAAUCGAUGAAGCACUCACGAUCGCUCCCUAGAUCGAUCAACUACCUCUUGAGGGAACAGCGUCUUCUCUUCAUUUUGGUUGGGAUUUUGAUCGGUUCAACGUUUUUCAUCAUUCAGCCGACGCUUUCUCGGAUAGGUCCGCCGGAGGGUUCGUCGUUUCUCCCUAGAUCUGCUGGAUUUGUUCGGUUUGAUCACGGUGGUGGUAAUGGGAGAGUUGGACGACUUCCGGCGGGAAUUGGUGGUCGGCGGUUGAGAGUGGUGGUUACCGGUGGUGCUGGAUUUGUUGGAAGUCAUUUGGUGGAUAAGUUAAUUGGGAGAGGGAAUGAUGUUAUUGUGAUUGAUAAUUUUUUUACUGGGAGGAAGGAGAAUUUGGUGCAUUUGUUUGGGAACCCUAGGUUUGAGUUAAUUCGUCAUGAUGUUGUUGAACCGAUUUUGUUGGAGGUUGAUCAGAUCUAUCAUCUUGCUUGUCCUGCAUCACCUGUUCAUUACAAGUACAAUCCUGUCAAGACAAUCAUAUCCUUUUUGAGUUUAUUCUAUUAUGAUAUGAUGCCAUUUUCAUUUUUUUUAUCGUAG